GAGCUAAUCAUGGACGGCCGACGGGCAGUGGGUUUGAAGUACUCCGACGAAGCGGGCGCUACACACAGUCUCUUUGGCACAGUGGUGCUGGCUGCGGGAGGCUAUGCGAACGACCACCAGGAGCGCUCCCUGCUGGAUCGCUUCACUCCGGAGCUGGCCAAGCUGCCGACCACGAACGGGCCUUUCGCAACAGGCGACGUUAUCAAGGCCCUCCUGCAACAGGAUCUCGGUGCCCAGACGACGCUGAUGGACAAGGUUCAAAUCCACCCCACAGGCUUUCUGGAAGUCAAGCAGCCGAACUUCCACACCAAGUUCCUUGCACCGGAAGCACUGCGAG